AUGAACGUUUCGUAUGAUUUAAAAAGUAAAUUAAGAAAAAUGGAACUUAAGAAACAUCUUAUUAUUUGUUGGGUUGUUCUGCUAGCCUUUUGUAGCGGAGCGCAGGGAAUCUCCUGCUAUUCCUGCGAUACUAUCACAGAUGGCAAGAAUUGUGACGAUCCUUUUGUCGACGGCACAGUGAAGAAGAAUUGUACUUCCUGUUUUACAUUAAAGGGAGAGGUGAGCGGUGUGAAAGGGAUAGCUCGAGACUGCGAGACGGAAACAGACCUUACAACGGGUUGCAAUUCAUUCGAAGAAGAUAUUUAUUCUGGAACCCUAUGCGUAUGCACGACUGACUUAUGUAACGAUGCAACACGUGGACCCAUGGCAACAAUAAUGCUCAAUCUACUUCCCGUGUUAGUUUAUAUCUUCUUGAAACUAUUUGAGAUGUAGAAAUGUGGUUUGACUGAAAAUGACAUGGAAUUAAUGUGUACAUUGAGGUGCCACAUUAUUAUUCAGAGGACUUUUGACUCCAUAACAUAUGAAGAAGUGCAGUAGAAUUGCAGUUAUAUAUAUAAUUAUUAUAAAUAAUCAGAAAUGAUUAUUCGAAAAAGCGAUCGUACGAAAUGUGCAUCGCUAAGACUUUGUUUAAGAUUGUAUUCGUCUUCGUUGAUGCAUUGAUAGUUUAAUUCGCCAAUUAUAACUAAAUCUAUUGAGUUCAACAGUUAUUUUCUAUUUUCAU